GGAGUUUCAAUUCUGUCGUGGAGGUAGUAAGGCCGGGACCGGCGUGCUGGAGGGAAGGCUAUGAAAUUGAUCAAAAUUAAGUCCAUGUGGUGACAAAGAGACGUAAUUAAACGACGGAUAGUAAUAUUUGCCUCUGCAGUUUCGAACAUUGUACCAGAUGUGUUGUAAAGCAUUCAGAGGAAACAGUCCCCCUCUUUUUUGUAAAUCGUCAUAAAUACUAAUGAAAAUGAAAAUGGUUCAUGGAUAAGUACAAUAUAUCAUAAACGCGACAUAACCUAUUUUACGAAGGUGAUAAGUAAAAUGGAACAUACCCACUGAAUGUAUUUCAGAGUCCUUUCGUAAUUCUAAAAAAAAAAGAUUGGAAAUCACUUGACCUUCUGCUCAUGUUGAAACUGGUUAAAGUAGAAAGUGAAAAAAGAAAGAAUAGUCCUCUGAUGUAAGGCCAGACCAGAAAAUGAAACACUAAAAGACGUGUGAAAUUCAAGAGAUGUGUUGAUAAUGCUACGUAGCUUCUUAGAAUCGUGGAACUCCUCCGUUCAAACAAUGGUGUCGACUACAGUCAAUGGCUCCCCUGAGGUUGCUCCUAGCGUCACAGUCGGUUUCGACGACGACUCCUUGGAAUACCAGGACGCCUCUUUCGAUUUUCUAACUCUCACGAAUUUGGACAGUAACUUCACGAACUUCGCGAAAAACUUCUCUUGGCUCCUGAACGCUUCAGACAGCCUGAACAUAGAACUCAUCAAUAAGUUCCAGAGAAACCGAAGAGUCAACGACGUAGCCUACUAUUGUCUGAUCGUGGCCUACAGCCUCCUGAUUAUCCUUGGGGCUACAGGGAACUCCCUGGUGGUAGUGGCCGUCAUUAGAAAACCUACGAUGAGAACGGCACGCAAUGUGUUCAUCAUCAACCUCGCCAUUUCCGACCUGCUUUUGUGUAUGGUGACAAUGCCCCUGACGCUGGUCGAGAUCCUGUCUCAGUACUGGCCUCUCGGGGACCAUCCGUUCCUUUGUAAACUUGUAGGGACGCUUCAGGCAACAUCAACUUUCGUCUCUACAAUCUCCAUUACUGCCAUAGCUCUCGAUCGAUACCAGGUGAUUGUGUACCCUACGAAGCAAUCCUUGAAAACGGUAGGGGCCGUUUUGACACUCCUACUUAUCUGGGUAGUAUCCUUCAUCUUAGCACUACCCCUGUUCCUGUGGAGAACUCUCACGCACCAUGUUAUAAAUCUUCCAAAUCUCUAUUCUGUCAAUUUUUGCUUCGAGGAAUGGCCCACCACACACGGAGGCGGCUACUACAGCGUCUUCGUGAUUAUAGUUCAGUACUGCCUACCCAUCGUUACUGUCAGCGUGUCUUAUGCAAUGAUCUGUAGAAAGCUGAAGGGUAGAAUGGCGACCACUUCGGUGAGGAACUCCAAGAAGGUCGAGCGAGAUGACAGGAGGAUGAAGAAAACGAACACCCUCCUCAUCGCCAUCGCUCUCAUUUUCUGCCUCUCGUGGCUCCCUCUUAAUCUUUAUAACGUAAUCGUUGACUUUUACAACCCCUUCGAGAACACGGAAAACAUGCUCGUCGUAUACGCAGUCUGCCACAUGAUGGGGAUGUCGUCAGCCUGCUCCAACCCUCUCAUGUACGGAUGGCUGAACGAGAACUUCCGCAAGGAGUUCCUGGAGUUGUUCGGCAUUUUGUGCUCCUCCUACAGACCUCCCAAGAUAUCCACGCCUCAGCAAGACGUGAGAAGGAAGUCUCACGCGUUGGAUCCCACCGAAAGAAUAUCGUCACAGCUUCCUGCCCCGUGCGGUAAGACCGAAAAACCGAUGGUUCUGUAUACGAAGGCCUCUGACGUUCAGGAGGCCAAUGGGAAUUUCGAAAAGAAGAAGGACGUGACUUAUAUUCCUCAAGUGGUGGAAAACGCCAAUCUGUAGUUGCUGUCUGUAGGCGAUAGCUGUGGCAGUGCUUGGUGUUAAAGAAGUUUGCUCCCGUCAAAAGGGGGUGAGGACCUUUCAUCAAAGACAUAGUAAACAACCUGUCGUGCAGACUCUUGUUUACUUCUCAUCUGCUCCCCAUGUUGGUUUAAUAACCCAAUUAGUGUCCCUCUAAUUUCUGAAACCAAUUUGCGUACUCAGUUCAGGGUUGUUCCAAAGGAGCUGUUGAUUAGAGCAGUGAAGAAUAUCGCGAAAAAGAAUAUGAUUGUGACAUUUUGUUUUAUACGAUAUAAUGGAGGACAAUUUAUUGAUUCCAAAUUGAUUUUUUAUGAUAUACGUGAAUAAGUAAAUAAUAAGACUAACUGGCCAAAGGCCACUUUUGAAAACCAAAGUAUUUUCUGAAGAAAAUAACGAACAUAAAAAUGUAAAGUUUAUUCAAAUGAAUCGUGUCUUUUGUUUAAGAAAAUAUGAAAGGCUUAAAAUAUUUUUAUUUUACUGGAGUGAAAAAAAAAACAGUUUUUUAACAAGAAAAAGGAGAGAGAAUGCCUACUUCCUUGCAAGAUCUAUGAAAAUAAGAAGAAAGUUGAGUGCUAUGCGUUUUGAUUAGUAAUUUAUCGUUUAUUUUUAAUCGUCUGUCGUUGCAAAUAUGUUUGUAAACACAAACACAAAAUAUUGCACAUAGCGUACGUACAAAUAUAUUUAUAUAACUCCAGGAAGUGAAUCGAUCGAUAAAAAACACAGGGUUGUUUGAAAACUAAGGUUAGAAAAAAUAAUCUUCAUGCCAGAAAAACGAUGACUUUGUUUUAAGUUCCCUGUCAUCUAAGAACGAAGAAAUUAAUAUUUUGCAUUGUACAUUGUCAUGGCGAUAGUCUUAUUAUCAUCAUUAUUAUUUCAGCAAUGGAUGUUGCCGUCAUUAAUGAUUACUACUUCAUUACAAAGUGUUAUCACUGUAACGACAGAUUAGCUUUUCACUGUAAAUAUUCCGUUUUCACUAUUUAUGUUUUAUUCUUAGUAAUGUUCUUACAUCUAUGACCAGUGUACCCAUUUGUAUCUUCUUUUCUUUGUAUGAGAAUAUUUACACACGCACACACACUCGUGUGUAUAUGUGUGUGUGUGCAUGCGUGCGUGUAUGUAUGUAUCUAUGUACUUGCGUGAUUGGAUGCGUGUGCAUGCCAGUGUUCAGUUACGUAUGGGGACAUCAUUGAGUUGAUUCCAUUGUACUUUUCCAAUUUCCUAGAAUAAAUUUUCUUUGAUAAGGCAUAAAAAAAUGAUCACCUUUCCUUAAACUGCAUUCAAAGGCAUUAACAGCUAUAUUUUAGCACAGCCCUACUCCACCGGCUUUAGUGACAAAAGGUACUUCAUACAAAAAAUUUAAACUUUGCAAAAUACUGUCCAUUGCAACUUGAGGGUUGUCUGUUUUUACCUUUCUUUGAACCCUAACGAUAAAAUUUGGGAAAUGUUCAGCAAUAAAAUAGAGAGAGAGAGAGAGAGAGAGAGAGAGAGAGAGAGAGAGAGAGAGAGAGAGAGAGAGAGAGAGAGAGAGAGAGACCAAUGGGAGACUUUUGUUACCACUGCCGUGUUUUAUCACAAUACGGAUAGGAAUGAACACAUGUAAUUUACCUGAAUAUGUUUAAACUGUCCAUCAAAUGCAGUUAAGCUAAAUUUCCAGCUCACAGAGGGGAAUCAAAUGACAAUGUUUCCAUAAACUUUUGGAAUGAUGGAAUACUUAAGUAGUGAUGUGACGUCAUCUUACUAGGUAUUAGAUUUGAUAUCGGUCCAACUUAUGGUGAAUAUCUCUUUACUAGUAUUUUUCCAAAAUUAAAGAAGUCGAAUCACCGUGCUUGGAAAACCUUAUUGAUACAAUGUGUAUACACGCAACAUAAGUUUGCCAGUGCACCAGGAUGU